UCCCUUAUUAUCAACAGACAUGUGGCACUGCAGCUCUAGAAGCUAAAGAAGAUAAAAAAGGCAGUGGCAGAAAGUGGAAUUGACUGUUACCACUUGAAGGCAGAGUUCUUUCUGUAGUUGACACACAUCUUUGUUAGGUACAGCAUACAGCACAACUACAAUGGUGAACUGUAAUUAUGUGGUACUUGUGAUCUCCUACAUAUUGCUAAAUGUCCAUCCAUUUAAGGCUAAUGCAUGUCAAGAAAGUUCAACUUCAUUUUCAAUUUCUACUCAACGCAAUAUUACUGGACACUGGUACUCCGAAGUGGUAAUGGACUUAGGCAGUGAUGAGGAAACUGAUGAAGAUAAGAAACAGACUGGUCCAUGGAACCUUGGUAUGAGUUUCCACAGGAAGAGAUGUGAUGGAAAAGAAUCAUUGUCAAUAGUGACAGCCAUAAGAGUUCCACCACCAAAACCUGGUCCUGGUUACGAAUAUUUUGCUGGUGUUGGUUAUUACAAAAUUCACACCACUCUGAAGACCUGGAGUGAUGCAAGAAAGACUUGUGCUGAUGAAGGAGGACAUCUGCUUAUUUUGAAUUCAGAUGCUGAAGCAAGUGUUGCCAAACAGUUGUUUUCACGCCACAAACAAAUUUCAGGAUGGGCAUUUAUUGGUUUCCAUGACAAAACCACGGAAGGAACAUACAUCACAGUAUAUGGUGAACCACUUCAGAAAACAGGCUAUACAAAAUGGGGCAAAGGUCAGCCAGAUAAUGCUGGUGGUAGUAAAACUAAUGAAGGUGAAGACUGUGGAAGUAUUGCCCAUGAUAGUACUUUAAAUGACCUUCCAUGUGGUUUCAAGGCUCCAUUUAUAUGUGAAUAUGAUUUGUAAUUAACACUAACAAAAUGAAGCACAGAUUAUAAAGAAAACAAAGAUGAAGAUGAUACCCACGUGCUAUGAAGGUUGUUUGAAAAAGCUUUUAUACUGAUAUAUAUAUGUCUCUAUUAUCAAAAUAAAAAAUUGUACAGGAGGAACUUUUUGUAAAACUAAA